GAUUUGACAGAUAACAGAAAAAUGUUGAACUUAUGAGCUAAAAAAGCUUCUCCUCCUUACCAAAGACUCGACGGUCUACCGGAAAAAAUGGCUGCCAAUUUCUGGAAUUCAUCUCACUAUAAACAGCUUUUGGAUCCAGAAGAAGUCGACGUAGUUCAUGAUCUCGAUAAAGAACGUGGAAUCUCAAUUGAUGAUUUUAAGCUCAUCAAGUUCCAUAUGUCUAAUCGUACGAAAUCCUUUUUCUUCUUAAUUCUUCGAAUUCUCCUGCUUACUUAAGCAAAUUUGUUGUCUCUGUUGCACUGGUUUGAUUAGAGAUUGAUCAGAGAAGUUUUUUGAGUUUAUGUCUCUUUGUUUCUUCAUUUAUUGUUGUUUUCAGAUAUUAUGAAAUUGGCUCAGCACAUUAAAGUGAGGCAAAGGUUGGUUCUUUACAAUUUGGGGGUCCAAUUUUUGCUAUAUCAAAGAGAUUCUACUGUUGCAGUACUUCCAUUACUUUGUUUUGCUUCUGUAGAUUUAACUAGCUCUAAUAUCUGGUGUAACCUGGACUUGUAUAUGAAUCGUCGCCUUGGUUUUUCUACUUAUGUAGGGUUGUAGCUACUGCAAUUACGUAUAUGAGACGGGUUUAUAUCAGAAAGAGUAUGGUAGAGUUUGAGCCUCGACUUGUUGCUCUUACGUGCUUGUACCUGGCAUCUAAAGCUGAAGAAAGCAUAGUGCAGGCCAGGAAUCUUGUUUUUUACAUCAAAAGAUUGUAUCCUGAUGAGUACAACAAAUAUGAACUAAAGGAUAUAUUAGGAAUGGAGAUGAAGGUGUUAGAAGCACUAGAUUAUUAUCUGGUUGUGUUUCACCCUUACCGGUCAUUAUCGGAGUUUUUGCAAGAUGCUGCAUUAAACGAUGUAAAUAUGAACCAGAUUACAUGGGGAAUUGUUAAUGAUACUUAUAAGAUGGACCUCAUUCUUGUACACCCUCCCUACCGCAUAGCGCUAGCAUGCAUAUACAUAGCAAGUGUCCACAGAGAGAAAGAUAUCACUGCAUGGUUUGAAGAUCUUCAUGAGGACAUGAACUUGGUAAAGAAUAUUGCCAUGGAGAUACUGGACUUCUAUGAGAACUACAGAACAAUCACAGAGGAAAAAGUGAAUUCUGCCUUCAGCAAAUUGGCUUUGAAGCUGUAGAGAAUCACCUCCAUCUCCAAGACUUAUCGCACAGAAAAAAAUGAUUAGAGACUUCCACAAUUGCCCAUCCAUCUAGCUUUGUGGCAAACAUGUAACACUGUUAUUACCAAACCUAUUAAUCUUAAAGUAAACAUUAUUGUUAAUUGUUCAUCAUAAUGGGUUUGUUUUCCCUUUUAUUUUCUCCAAAACCUAAACCUCUCGUAGAAGCAAAAAUGUGAAAUAAAACAAAG